GGAGAAAGCGGAACAAACCGGUGCGCUCGGAUACAUGAUGUAGCUGCUCGCCCGCACUGCAGAUUAACUCCUUCAUCGCCGGGGGAGAUGAUCAGACACGGGAAGGAUUGGCAGGAGCACUUUUCAAGAGAAGCUGCCUAACUGCAUCCCCCACCGCUGUGUGUGAGUGGAAGAGAGAAACGAAAAAAGAAGGGCUUGUGAUCAGGAUGUGUGUUCCUCAAAUAGAGACAUCACCAUUCACGCAGCAUGACCCUGUCCGAGUGGUGACAGCAGCUGAAGACUGCCCCUCCGACUGAGCAGGGCGAGAGCCCAGACCCGGUGCAGCGUGAGUCUUCUGUGCUCCAGAUGCAGAACAUCCUCGAUCAAAACUUAGACAUGGCUACAGCUCUACUCGCCGGGGAGAAGCUGAAGGAGCUCAUCAUGCCCGGCUCCUCGCAAGAUGAGAAAGGAGGAGCCCUGGCCAGCCUGAUGGUGCAGCUCAAACUGGAGCUGCCUUUUGACCGUGUGGUCACCAUUGGGACGGUGAUCAUCCCCAUCCUGUUGGUCACCCUCGUCUUCACCAGGAACUUUGCAGAGGAGUCCAUAUACUGUUACACACCACACAACUUCACCAGAGACCAGGCCCUGUAUGCCCGCGGUUACUGCUGGACAGAACUGCGGGACGCCGCCCCGGGUCUAGAGUCUCACCUCUGGCCCUCACUGUUUGAACACAAGUUCCUGCCCUAUGCACUUCUGGCGUUCGCAGGGAUCAUGUACAUUCCUGCUUUGGGAUGGGAGUUCAUGGCCUCCACUCGACUCACCUCAGAGCUCAAUUUCCUGCUUCAGGAGAUUGAUAACUGCUACCACCGAGCAGCAGAGGGACGAGCACCGAAGAUCGAGAAGCAGAUACAGUCAAAGGGACCUGGGAUUACAGAGCGAGAGAGAAGGGAGAUAAUAGAGAACGCAGAGAAGGAGAAGAGUCCAGAGCAGAACCUCUUUGAAAAGUACUUGGAAAGAAGAGGCCAAAGUAACUUUUUGGCUAAGCUUUAUUUGGCACGGCAUCUCGCCAUCAUCUGCCUCAGUUCCAUUCCUAUAUCCUACCUAAGUACAUACUACGCCCGCCAGAAGCAGAAUGAGUUCACCUGUGCCUUGGGUGAGCCACCGGACAUCAGCAGCUAUCCAGAACUGAAACUCAGGGUCAACUGCAAGCUGCCAGCCGUGCAGCUGCAGCGCAUCAUGGCGGCGGUGGACAUCGGCCUGCUCUGCACCAUGAACCUCAUCAUUCUGCUCAACCUACUGCACCUAUUCGUGGUGCGCAAGUCCAACUUUGUAUUUGACAAACUGCACAAGGUGGGCAUCAAGACCAGACGGCGCUGGCAGAAGUCGCAGUUCUGCGACAUCAACAUCCUGGCCAUGUUCUGCAACGAAAACCGGGACCACAUCAAGUCCCUCAACAGGCUGGACUUCAUCACCAACGAGAGUGACCUCAUGUACGACAAUGUGGUGCGGCAGCUGCUGGCGGCGCUCGCACAGUCCAACCACGACUCCACGCCCACUGUCAGAGACUCUGGGAUCCAAACAAUUGAUCCAAAUAUGGAUCCAUCUGACCUGGGGGACAUGGCCAUGGAACCACUGGUCAUAAAGAGGCCGCGCAAGAAGAUUAAAUGGAUACCUUCAUCCAACCCUCUGCCUCAGUCCUUCAAGGAACCCCUCACCCUGACACGCCUGGAAAACAACAACAAGACUGAGAAGCCCAAACCUCUCAGGAGGAAGACAGUAGCAGACACUUUUAUUGCACCACUGCUGGACAGCAAGAGCACGCAGCAUCCUGCAGCAAAAGAAUUGGGUGGGAUGGAGAAGAAGCACACACGCAACCUGUCUUUGGAUGUUCACCCUUACAUGUUGGCCAUCCGUAAGCCAAAGGUGGAGACCACAACCGCUGAACCUCUACCCAUGGAGCACAACAUGGAUGCAGUGUUCCUGGAAGGCACUCACACAAUUGUUCACGUAUCAGGCGCAAUUACGGAGACAAAGGUUUGCUCUCCAGAAUCCACCAACACUGCCUUCUCCUCAGUCACUCUUCCCACCACCACCUAUGUAAACGGUGUGAGCCCAAACCCACCAUCCACGGAGGAGCUCCAGAGUCCAAAGUUAUCUCCUCCUCCACCUCUCACCCAAGCAGAGCCUCACCCUUCCCCACUGACAAGAGCGCCGACGCAUCAGCUGCUAAGCAUCCAUCACACUCUCUUUGAGGAAGAUGAGGAUGAAGAAAACCGCAGAGACCGACUCGCAGAGAGACCUGGGGAACUGAUUGCAGCCGGUGAAUGCUGAAGAUGGAGGAUUUCGUCCUUGGAAACUUCAACGACCGCCACUGAACCAGUGCCCACCGCUACUCUUAAGUACAGUGUCCAGGAUUUUAUUGACCAAUGAGGAGGGCAGGAGGAAGUGAUGUCAAAUUCACAUCUCAGGAUGAUGGUUUAUCCUCCAAUAAAAACCAGCAGUGAUAUGACUCUACAGGGUGCAAACAGGUCUUUACCUACCUACAAUGAAAAGACCUCAUGGACGGCAACAUUAAAAAAAAAAAAAAGAAAGAAAAUUAGGGUGUUUAGAAAUCUAUAUUUAUCACCUACAUGAACGCUUCGCCCCUUUAGUCUGAAUAGCCAAGUAGACGGUAGCUCAUGCAAUACAGUUGAGAUCAGCACAAUUAAUAUGCAAAAGAUCACACGAUAUUUGUGGCAAUAAUGUAUGUGCUUGCAGCACCAUAUCACUUAGUUGCAUUUAGAUACUGUGUAUGAGUCACUGUUAAUGGAGUGUUCAACAAUAGACGCAUUUCCUUGCCUUUGUAAUGCCAGGAAGAAGCAACUUAUCGAGAGCACAUUUUAACCUGUCAAUUGGCCUGUUGUAGCAAACAAAUAGAUGACGGGGAUUGAUAAAUAACACAAAGAAGAGCUGAAUCAUCCGCUUCUUGAAGAUGGAUUUUCCUGUCAAUGUGAGAGUAUUGGUUGAACGUCCUGUUUGACAUUGGCUCUGAAGUCACUGGUACUGCAGCCUGCACCAUGUGUAUGGUACCUGAGUGUAGUCAUGUGUUGUGUAAGAAAUACUAUGAUGAUUUAAAGAGUCGUUGCAUUGCCAUUAUCAUCUGCUGGUCUGAUAUAAUGUGUUAUUUAUUACCACAUGGAACGGUAAUAAUGCGCCUUUAUGUUUGGGUCGUUGAUAUUCACAAUAAGGACUAUCACUGAAGCACUUUUCAAAUGGAUUGAGAUACUGAACAGGGGGAUGUUUCAUACCUGCUUAUAAUCAUCAAAAGGAGUACAAAGUAUUUUGGCAACUUCAGGUAAAUAACUAGAAAAAACAAUGAGUCCUUGUCUCGGACAGAAGGGUAAGAUACUGACUGCACACCACAUUUAUGGCUACCAUGGUUUGGAUUCUGUGCCUUUUUUGCAGGCGUCGGUCUCUUUCAGCUCAACAGCUGCAGUCUAUAAAGUCAUUUCCUCAGUCGACCAUGUCUCGUUUUGUGAUUAGUAAAGUGUUAGAUAUUAUGAUCAUGAGUGACUUAUUCAGCCUUGGGAAACUUACCAAAUGUAUUGGUGUCUUCAAAACGUGAUGGCAGAAAAUAAUCCUCUUGUUCAGAGUCUCAAGCUCAUAACAUUCAGAGAGGAUCUCACAGAUGCACUUUACGACUUGUAGCACGAGUUUAUCAGAGCAUGUUUUAUAUGUGUUACCAUAGCUCUGCUUUUGUGUGUUCACAUUAAGGUAGUGCAGAAAUAGAUAUUUGACAUGCAGAUGACGGUUGAAAUGUACUGAU